UCUCAUUCUUGUACAGCACUAUAAAAUCCCAUACCCAUACAGCAAAUAGCGUAUAGAUUAUAGAAUGAAAUGAAAGUCACGUGAGCUUUAAUUAAUUCAUAGAGAGAAUAUACCAACGGUCAAACCGUUAAUUUAGCCCGCCAAAAAAAAAAGUCCGGUUUGGUUCCGGUUCGGAAUCCGGACCCGAAUCCUCGCCCGGCCCGUCCACUACGGUUCACUCUUCUCUUCUCUUUCCUCGUUCUCUCUCUCAACAGCAUGCAACGUUCCUAAAACAAUGGCAACGAUCAAAUGCCAUCAAUUCUUCGAAUUCCCCUUUGCUUCACCUCUCAAACCCUAAACCUAAAAUUCUCUUUCGUUUGCAUUACCCCGCUCUGUUUACACUGCACUUUCUCUACUAUCAUUUCUCUUUCUGCGGAAUUUAAUUUCCAUUGAGCCAUUGGAAGCCUGGCUGUGAUUUUCGUCUUUUUUCUGAAUUGUUUUGAAUUUUGGGUUUAAGGCGAUUGAGAACAUUGCAGCUGAAUUAUAGCCGGAUUUUCGAUCAUUGCGCUGUGGAAUUUAGGAAAUUUGGGGAGAUCGGUUGCAGUGGAAGAAAGGUGGAGAUUGAAUUGGAAGGUUCUGGAUACGGUUGGGGGAAGAAACAGCGCCAUUAGAUGGCGCUGUUCAGACGCUUCUUCUAUAAGAAACCGCCGGAUCGGCUGCUCGAAAUCUCCGAGCGGGUUUACGUGUUUGAUUGUUGCUUCUCCACCAAUGUAUUGGAUGAAGAUGAGUACAAAACAUACUUGGGUGGGAUUGUAGCUCAGCUACAUGACUAUUAUCCAGAUGCUUCAUUCAUGGUUUUUAACUUUAAAGAUCGGGAUAGGAGAAGCCCAAUAUCUGACAUCAUGUCCCAGUAUGAUAUGACUGUCAUGGAUUAUCCUUUGCAAUAUGAGGGGUACCCAGUAUUGCAACUAGUGAUGAUCCACCACUUUUUGCGGUCCAGUGAGAGCUGGUUGUCAGUUGAAGGCAAACAAAAUGUGCUGUUAGUGCACUGUGAGAGGGGAGGAUGGCCUUUGUUGGCCUUCAUGCUUGCAGGCCUUCUUUUGUACAGAAAACAGUACACUGGUGAGCAGAAGACUCUUGAAAUGGUAUACAAACAAGCUCCUAGAGAACUUCUUCAUCUUUUGUCUAAUUUGAAUCCACAGCAAUCCCAGCUUAGAUAUCUUCAAUAUAUCUCUAGAAGUUUUGGGUCAGAUAGGCCUCCAUCAGACACUCCUCUAGCUUUGAACUGUAUCAUAAUUAGAUUGCUUCCUCUAUACAAUAAUGGAAGGGGGUGCCGUCCGGUAGUUCAUGUUUAUGGUCAGGAUCCUUCUUUAGUGAAAUCCAAUCAGAGUUCCAAGCUCCUCUUUUCAACUUCAAAGACAAAGAAACACUCCCGGCUUUACCUACAGGAGGAGUGCGAGCUAGUUAAAAUAGAUAUUCGUUGUCAUGUCCAGGGAGACAUUGUUCUUGAGUGUAUACAUUUGGAUGAUGAUCUAGUAGGGGAGGAAAUGAUGUUCAGAGUCAUGUUUCACACAGCCUUUAUUCGCUCAAAUAUUUUGAUGUUAACCCGUGAUGAAAUUGAUGUCUUGUGGGAUUUUAGAGACAGAUUUUCACGAGAGUUCAGAGUGGAGGUUCUCUUUUUGGAUGCUGAUGCACUUCCAUCUAUUAUCACAACAGAAGAACCAUCUGAAGAUGAUGAGAGUGAGACAGAAGUUGCCUCACCUGACGAGUUUUUUGAGGUCGAUGAGAUAUUCAGCAGCAUUGUCGAUGGGCAUGAGGGAAGGGUCUCCUCUGAUACUUCAUGCAGUAUAGAAUCUCAAGCGGUAUUUCCUGGUGUUCAUGACAACUCAGAUGAAGGGAAGAAUAAUCAAGAUAGAGAUGGUACACCCACACAGAAGUUAGAAAGGCAGGGUUCUGAACACAAAAUGGAUGCUGACAGUAACAAGCAGCAGUCUGAUAAUGUACCCCCUGCUGCUUCAAAGAAACAGCCACUAGCAAACUCAACAACUUCUGCAGAUGCUUUUGGUUCAAAAAAUGAAUCUAAACAUCAAGAAUCCCAGGCCGUAUUUCCUGUUGUUCAUGGCAAGUCAGAUGAAGGGGAGAAUAAUCAAGAUAGAGAGAGUAUAGCCACACAGAAGUUAGAAAUGCAGGGUUCUGAACAGAAAAUGGAUGGUGAUAGGAACAGGCAGCAGUCUGAUAAUGUACCCCUUGCUGCUCCAAAGAAACAGCAACUAGCAAACUCAACAACUUCUGCAGAUGCUUUUGGUACAAAAAAUGAAUCUAAGCAUCAAGAAUCUCAGGCAGUAUUUCCUGUUCAUGGCAAGUUAGAUGAAGAGGAAAAUAAUCAAGAUGAAGAGAGUAUAUCCACACAGGAGUUAGAAAGGCAGGGUUCUGAACAGAAAAUGGAUGCUGAUAGUAACAAGCAGCAGUGUGAUAAUGUACCCCCUGCUGCUCCAAAGAAACAGCCACUAGCAAACUCAACAACUUCUGUACAUCCUUUUGGUGCAAAAAAUGAAUCCAAACAGCAAGAAUCUCAGGGAAGCCUUUCAAGACAAGCAAAACCAAAAACAAUAUCUUGGCAGAUGGCUUCUAGUGAAGGCUCAUACACCAAUUUAAUACAUGUAUCAGACCCGCCAUCAAGGUGCAACAGUGAACCACCUGCACUUGCUCUUGAUAAGGAUUUUCAAUCACAGGGGAAACCAAAGGCUCCAUCUCCUUGUGCUUCUCCAGAAAUUUUUGCUCCAACCAAUGAUUCUAUCUUCAUGGCAGAUUGUGUGGCGAAACAUUCCUCCUGUCCUGCAUCUUUAGAUAUAUCAACAGCUAAGAUUGCAUCAAUUGUUGCUUCUUCUACUUCCCUGCCACAAGAUAGAGUCCUGCAAGUGCAUCCACCUCCACCUCCACCCCCACCACUUCCAACUUGGUAUACCAGCUCUUUGUCAUCUCAAGUGCCAUAUGAGCAGCAGGUAGCAGAGAUGAAUUCUUCUCCUCUUCCAACUCCGUAUUUCCCACAACAUGCAAGCCACAGUACAACAGUUUCCUCUCUUGGCCUAAUUCCUCCCCCACCCCCUCUGCCAACAUUGCUCCUGUUUUCUAAUUGUGUUGCAGUUGGUACUACUUCUCCACCUCUACCUGUAGCUCUGCCCCCAGCCCUUCCUCAAACUGUAAUUGCAUCAGAAACAACUCCUUUCAGUACCUCUUUUGAGCUGCCUCCUCCUUCAUCAACAUCAACUCCUCCACACCCACCUCCCACAACUAGUGCACAAAAUGAUUAUAAGAUUUUGCCAACGUCACCUUCCUCAUCUCCGUCAUUAGGCCAGACCAGUGUAUCUUCCUACACUUUCCCUUUAGUAGUAUCAAGUUCUCCGCCACUUCCACCACCACCACCUCCUCCUCCACCGUUACAUGCACCAUGUAUGGUAGAAUCUACUAAUGUUGGAGCAUCCAGUCCGCCUCUCCUUGUACAUAGUUCUCUUAUCACUCCUCCUCCCCCACCACUUUCACAAGGUAGUCUAGUAUCUACACCUCCUCCUCCUCCUCCUUUGCCAUUAAAGGAUGAAACACUACCUCCUCCACUUCCUUUACAAGGUGCUCCACAGCUGCCUCCUUCACAGCCCCUACUUCCUUUACGGGUUGGUCUACCUCAUCCAGCCCCUCUACCUUCCACACCAUUACAUCUGCUUUUUGCACCACUCCUAAAUUCUGCUUUAAAAGAUGCUGCUCCUGUUUCUCCGCAUUGUUGUCCUUCAUGUGGUGCUAUAGGUGCUCUUCCAUCAUUUCCUUACCAAGGUGUUCAACCUUCUCCACCAUCUAUCAUAACACUACCUCCAGAACCAACUACUCCCACAUGUAGAGCUCCACCACCACCACCACCUCCAACCUUCGAAGAAGCACCAAAACCCCCACCCCUUCCAGAGGAUGCAGCACCACCUCCACUACUUCCACUCUCUUUAGGAAGUGAAGCACCACCUCCCCCACCCCCUCUAGGAGUUGGAGCACCCCUGCCACCACCCCCACCCCCUCUAGUAGGUGGAGAAGAACCUCAAACACCCUCUCUUGGAAGUGGAGUACCACCUUUGACACCCCCUCCACCACCCCCUCCAAUCUUUGGAGGAGCUCCACCUCCUCCACCCCCUCCUGGAGGAGCACCACCUCCACCGUCCCUUCCUGGAGGAGCACCCCCUCCACCACUCCCACCCGGAGGAGCACCCCCUCCACCACCCCCUCCCGGAGGUGUUCCUGGCCCUCCUCCUCCACCAGGUCCACCUGGUGGUCCUCCUCCUCCACCAGGUCCACCUGGUGGGCCUCCUCCUCCACCAGGUCUACCUGGUGGUCCUCCUCCUCCACCAGGUCCAGCUGGUGGUCCUCCUCUUCCACCAGGUGCUCCUGGAGGGGCACCUCCACCACCUGGAAGAGGUAUUCCUGGAAGAGGGCGUGGACUUCCUGGGAGAGGUGCUGGAGCAGCUAAAAGAUCUAACCUGAAGCCAUUGCAUUGGAGUAAGGUAACCAGAGCACUACAAGGAAGCUUGUGGGAGGAAUUACAAAGACAUGGAGAUCCUCAAGUUGCACCAGAAUUUGAUGUGACAGAAAUUGAGACUCUUUUCUCCACCGUAGUCCCCAAAUCUAAUAAAGACAAGUCUGGAGGAAAACAGAAGGCUGCCGGAUCUAAACCUGACAAAAUUCACCUGAUUGACCUGAGGAGGGCCAACAAUACCGAAAUUAUGCUCACAAAGGUUAAGAUGCCACUUCCAGACAUGAUGGCUGCUGCAUUGGCAAUGGAUGAGUCAAUUUUGGAUGCUGAUCAAGUAGAAAACCUUAUAAAAUUCUGUCCCACCAAAGAAGAGAUGGAACAACUUAAGAAUUACACUGGGGACAAGGAGAUGCUAGGGAAGUGUGAACAGUUCUUUCUGGAACUGAUGAAGGUGCCACGAGUGGAGUCAAAAUUAAGUGUUUUUCUCUUCAAGAUUCAAUUCAACACGCAGGUCUCAGAUUUCAGAAAAAGUUUGACAUUGGUGAACUCCGCUUGUGAAGAGUAUCAGGUACGGAAUUCUGUCAAAUUGAAAGAUAUCAUGAAGAAGAUAUUAUAUCUAGGAAACACAUUAAAUCAAGGAACAGCCAGAGGUGCUGCAGUUGGAUUUAAGUUGGAUAGUCUUUUAAAACUUACUGAUACACGUGCUAACAACAGGAUGACACUCAUGCAUUAUCUUUGUAAGGCUCUAGCUCAAAAGUCACCUGGACUUAUGGACUUCCAUGUGGAGUUUGUUAACCUAGAAGCUUCAUCAAAGAUACAAUUGAAGGCUUUGGCAGACGAAAUGCAGAACAUUACCAAGGGAUUCGAUAAAGUAAAGAAGGAACUAGUUGCAUCUGAGAGUGAUGGCCCUGUAUCUGAAACUUUCCUCAAGACACUAAAGGAAUACAUUGGAAAUGCUGAAGCAGAAGUGGCGUCUUUGACAAAUUUGUAUUCUGUGGCGGGCAAGAAUGCAGAUGCAUUAGCCCUGUAUUUUGGUGAGGAUCCUGCAAAAUGCCCAUUUGAGCAAGUUGCUACAACCCUCUUAAACUUCACAAGGUUGUUCCAGAAAUGCCACGAGGAGAAUUUGAAACAGGCGGAACUUGCAAAGAAGAAGGCUCAGAAGGAGGCUGAAGCAGCAGAGAAUGCAAAUGCAAAUGCAAAUACUCAGAAGGAGGCCGAAGCAGCAGAGAAUGCAAAUGCAAAUGCUCAGAAGGAGGCCGAAGCAGCAGAGAAUGCAAUUGCAAAUGCAACAAAGCAGACAGAGAGUCCGAAAGAAUGAAAUUGCUUCCUGCCCAUGGAGUUUAUUUAUUGUAUCACAUGGGGCAUGCACAUCCAUUGUGGCCUACGCAACUCAACUCCUCUGUGGAUUUCAUGGAAUUUAAGGAAGAAGUGGUUUGUUGAGGGUUGUGAAUCUGAAAAGUGUGAUGAACUGAACAACUCUCUAUGAAGUGGGGUGGGCAUGUAGAAGUUUGGACUGUUCAAUGAUUGCAGACAAAAUGAUCCAAAAAUAUGACAAUCUGGAUCUUGUCUCAUUGGGUGACCACUAUGUUGAUUGUUGCUGCCUUGCCUUGCCUUGCCUGCCUGCCUGGUAUGCAUUUGAUGAGCAGGGGAGGCCAUCAGGGCUGUGUCUUGGUUUUCAUCAAAACGGUAAACAAGAAAGAAAGAAAGAAGAUGAGAGAUGUUGUACAAAGCCAAAGCCUAACCCAACCCAACCCCUGUCUGUAGACAAUAUUCUUUGAUUGUAACAUAAGGAGGAA